CCGUGGGGUGCGGGCGCCCGGGAAUUCCCUCCUCCUCCUCCUCCUCCUCCUCCUCAAGUAACGCGUCCCGGGCCGGCUGUGCCGUCGUCGCUGCCUCCCGGCGCGCCCCGCGAGCAGGAGACGGAGCACGGAGAGAGGGCCGCGCGGGCGUGCGCCUCGGCCGGCCACCGUCUCCCCGCAGCGACCCGUGCGAGUGCGGCCGGACGGCAGACUCUGUAUUCUGCAUCUUGAUUUUUCUCAGAUAAGAUCUUACUGGUCUUUCACUCAACCCCAAGACUGUUUUUGGAAGAUAAGCAGGUAAUAGGUUUGAUAAUGGGCUGCAUUAAAAGUAAAGAAAACAAAAGUCCAGCCAUUAAAUAUACACCGGAAAACCCUCAGGAGCCUGUAAGCACAAGUGCCAGUCAUUAUGGAAUGGAACACACUACAGCUGCCCCAACCUCUUCCACAAAGGGAACAUCUGUCAAUUUUAACAAUCUUUCCAUGACACCAUUUGGAGGGUCCUCUGGAGUGACUCCUUUUGGAGGAGCAUCUUCCUCAUUCUCAGUGGUGCCAAGUUCAUAUCCUACAGGUUUAACAGGUGGUGUCACUAUAUUUGUUGCCUUAUAUGAUUAUGAAGCUAGAACUACAGAAGACCUUUCCUUUAAGAAGGGUGAAAGAUUUCAAAUAAUUAACAAUACGGAAGGAGACUGGUGGGAAGCAAGAUCAAUUGCUACCGGAAAGAAUGGUUAUAUCCCUAGCAAUUAUGUAGCACCUGCAGAUUCCAUUCAGGCAGAAGAAUGGUAUUUUGGAAAAAUGGGGAGAAAAGAUGCUGAAAGAUUGCUUCUGAAUCCUGGGAAUCAGCGAGGUAUAUUCUUAGUCAGAGAAAGUGAAACCACUAAAGGCGCUUAUUCCCUCUCGAUUCGUGACUGGGAUGAGGUAAGGGGUGACAAUGUGAAGCAUUACAAAAUCAGGAAACUUGACAAUGGUGGAUACUACAUCACGACCAGAGCUCAGUUUGAUACUUUGCAGAAACUGGUGAAGCACUACACAGAACAUGCUGAUGGUUUAUGCCACAAGUUAACAACUGUGUGUCCAACUGUGAAACCCCAGACUCAAGGUCUAGCAAAAGAUGCUUGGGAAAUCCCUCGAGAAUCUUUGCGACUGGAGGUUAAACUGGGUCAAGGAUGUUUUGGUGAAGUGUGGAUGGGAACAUGGAAUGGAACCACAAAGGUAGCAAUCAAAACCCUAAAGCCAGGUACAAUGAUGCCAGAAGCUUUCCUUCAAGAAGCUCAGAUAAUGAAAAAAUUAAGACAUGAUAAACUUGUUCCAUUGUAUGCAGUUGUUUCCGAAGAGCCAAUUUAUAUUGUCACUGAGUUUAUGGCAAAAGGGAGCUUGUUAGAUUUCCUUAAAGAAGGAGAUGGAAAAUAUUUGAAACUCCCACAGCUGGUCGAUAUGGCUGCUCAGAUUGCUGAUGGUAUGGCGUAUAUUGAAAGAAUGAAUUAUAUUCACCGAGAUCUCCGAGCUGCUAAUAUUCUUGUAGGAGAAAAUCUUGUAUGCAAAAUAGCAGAUUUUGGCUUAGCAAGAUUAAUUGAAGACAAUGAGUACACAGCAAGACAAGGUGCAAAAUUUCCAAUCAAAUGGACAGCGCCUGAGGCUGCAUUGUAUGGUCGGUUUACUAUAAAGUCAGAUGUGUGGUCAUUUGGAAUUCUACAGACAGAAUUGGUUACAAAGGGGAGAGUACCAUAUCCAGGUAUGGUAAACCGUGAAGUACUGGAACAAGUGGAGCGAGGGUACAGGAUGCCUUGCCCUCAGGGCUGUCCAGAAUCCCUCCAUGACUUGAUGAAUCUUUGUUGGAAGAAGGACCCUGAUGAGAGACCAACAUUUGAAUAUAUUCAGUCCUUCUUGGAAGACUACUUCACUGCUACAGAGCCACAGUACCAACCAGGAGAAAAUUUAUAAUCCAAGUAGCCUGUGUGUGCAGAUCUGCCAAAACAUAAAGAGCUUUUGGGAGUUUGUCAUGCACGGGAAUGAGAAGAUACUCUUCACUCUGCAUGUUUCCAUGGUAAACUGGAAUUCCAGAUAUGGUUGCACAAAACAGUUUCCCCCCAAGUGUUAAAACUCUAAAGUACCAAUGAUACAUCUUAUAACUUACUUCAUGGUCCAAAGAGCGUCAAGCUAAGAUGCUGUGACUAUGUUGGUGAAAGCGUGGUAAGAAAGAGCAACAAGACGACUGUUUACUAAUCACUUCCCUUCCUUCCCAAAACUCAGAAAACUAUUGAUGGAUAUGGACAAAAUUUGAGCUAUUAUACCAUAGUGAAAUUUAAAAUCAAAGAACUCUAUGGGACCAAAUAAUUCCAUUCCAGUUUUUUAAAAAAUCUCUUGCAUUUUUUUUCCAAAAGUUAGGGUUUUGUUUCGUUUUGUUUUUCUAUUUGACAGGUGCCAUGCAGUCUUAACACAGACCUCCUUUUGUGUGGAAUGGGCCAAGUCUUCCAAAAGCAAAAAGGAGAUUAUAAACAACAUCAAACACUUGAUUCCACAGCAAUGGAAUUUGGAAGCAUAAUACCCUAUGUUCACACUUAGUUCAAAGAACUGGAAAGUAGAGAGGCAGCUUUUUUACUUUCGUCAUUUUGAAUUGUUCAUAAUGAAAGAAGCCAGAAUGUGAGCUUAUCAUUUGCAAGGUUGUACUGAUUGUCUUAAGGCAAUGUACAAUUGAAAUAAUAUCCAGUUCCAGGGAAAAAUCUUAGUAUUUGCAUAGCAUGAAAAAUCAAAGCCCAGCAUUUGUUAGUGUGCUUCUAUGGUGAUCCACUCCACACAUAGUGAACAUCACUAGAUCAGGGACUUGAACGCACUUUGCUUGUAUUGAGAGAAUAGGAGAGAGGAAAAUUAUUUAAAUAAGUAUGAGAGAAGAAUAUGUGAAAAUUUUGCAGAUACUGAGAUGGGAUGGAGUGUUUAAUGUUGGUGUUGUGGAGUGAACGUCAUGGCUUUGCUGGCACUCCGCGCCUCAUUAGCUGUUUCUGAGAAUUUAAAAGUUACCAAGUAUGACUGUAAAACUAAUUUUUCUUAACAUACACACUAAAUAAGUUUUACAUCCUCAAACUGGUGAUUAUAAUGCUUAACACUAAUUUCAUUGAUCCUAUUUUAUACAGAACCUUUUUAGAACUCCAGUUUUCAAAUUUCUGAAACUUCACUUACAUUUCAAAUAUACUUGAUGGUUAUAGUUUCCUUUCAUAAUAUAAUCAAUUUGAGAAAGGAUACAUACUCUGAGUAAUAGUAAUUUAAAGGGGGGAUUUUUGCCAGUUUAAAGUACAGAAGUAAAACUUUAAAAAAGUUUUUCUAACUCAAAUUAUGAAGUAUUAAUUUGAAUUGAGUAGUGCUAAUGGUUUAAAGGUCUAGCAAGGAAAAAACUGAGUCUGCUAAAUAAAUUAAAAGGCUAAUAUUUAUGUUUUUUAAAUGCUGUGUUUUAUAGUUAUACUUUAAGCAUUGUAUCAAAUUCUUCUAUUUUCAGCAUAUAAUUUUAAACUUCCAUUCAUCUAAUCAACUGAAUUUACAAUUCUGUGCCGUGGUUAAAUUAUGCUCAAAUUUAACUCUUUUUAAAUGUGACAAGUGAACUUCAUGCAAGCUGGCAAAAGUUCUGGUACUAAAAGUUCUAUUUUUUUUUCCACUUAACCUAUUCAGAGGAUCUCCUAAAAAGAUGUCGUCCUAAUUUGCCCUGAUGUCUACAAUUUGUGUCAUGAGUGCUUUAAAGGGCUUCAUGUGAUCUGUGGUAUUGUAGUUUUUCUAAGCAGUCUUCAAAGGGUAGAUAUGUUUAUGUACUAAUUAUGGUCAUAAAAAUAAGGCAGGAAAAGUUGAUGGCACUCUUUAGAUUUUAAAUGAAUUGAAUAGGGCAGUUCUUUAAUAACACUUGUAAGAAUACAACACUAACCUUAAUGUGGUCUUCAGUUUAAAUUGUUAUGUAUUUUUAAAUUGUCAAGAAAGGAAACAGCUUUGUACAUUUGAAGAUUUUUUUUUUUCCCCAACGGCUUUCAUCUUUAUUGUCUAAACUUGGAACUUUAACCCUUACCAAAAAAGGAAAGAUGGCAAAAAUAGCCUUCUAGCACAAACACUUUUUUUAAAUAAAUAAUGGUAACCUAAGACUUAAUAUUUUUAUAAAAUGUUGUAAUAUUGUUUUGUGGAUAAUUGAAAUAAAAAUCUUUGUUGUAUGCAUCUAUA